AUGGCUCAUUUUAUUGAUGAUGAUUGGAACUUGCACAAAAGAAUUUUGAACUUUUGUCAAAUAGCUAAUCAUAGAGGAGAUACAAUAGGUAGAGCCAUUGAAAAGUGUUUAGAAGGUUGGGGUAUUGAUAGACUCUUUACUGUAACAUUUGAUAAUGCGAGUUCAAAUGAUGUAGUCAUUGCCUACUUGGUUAAAAAGUUUAAAGGUAGAAAUGAGUUGGUGUUGGAUGGUGAAUUUAUUCACAUUAGAUGUUGUGCUCAUAUUCUUAAUUUAAUUGUUAGUGAUGCCUUAAAAGAUUUGCAUGUGUCUAUCAUUCGAGUCAGAAAUGCUGUGAAGUAUGUUAGGUCAUCUCCUGCUAGAUUGCAAAUAUUUAAAGAUUUUGCUAAAGAAGAUAAGAUGUCAACAAAAAAUUGUCUUACGAUGGAUGUUCCAACACGAUGGAAUUCUGCUUUCACUAUGUUGGAUGGAGAAAUUAAGUGUCAAAAGACGUUUGAAAGAUUAGAGGAUCAUGACCCUAGUUAUUUGCCAAAGGAUGAUAUUCCUAUUGCUGAAGAUUGGGAUAAUGCAAAAGUAUUUGUAAAGUUCCUAAAGACUUUUUCAGAGAUGACAUUAAGCAUGCAGACAAAAUUCAACAAGUAUUUAGGUAUAACUACAAGUGAGAAGACCAAUUUAUUAUUGUAUGUUUCUGUAGUUCUUGACCCUAGGUAUAAGCUGACUUACAUGAAUUACUGUUUUAAUGAAUUUUUGGAGGAAGAUUGUGCAAAAAUAUGGGCGAAUAAGGUUGAAGAAGCAUUUCGUCGAUUGUGUGAUGAUUAUUAUAUGAGAAUGUCAAAAGAAAAAUAUUCACAAACACAAUCAUGUACACCUAUCGAAGGAUUUGGCUUUCAAAGUGAAAGUGAAAUAUUUUCUAUCUCAUCUAGUGGAUCUUAUAAGGCCUGUGCUGCUGUUCAUGAUAGAUUUAAACAAAAGGCACUCAUUUGUGCUCAGAAUUGGAUUCAGUCUAAACCUUUGGAUGACAUGACUGAAGAAAUUGACGGGGCUGAAGAAAUUGAUGAAGGGCAUGGCAGUAUUUUGGGAACUUUGGAUGCUUUCGUCCAUGCUUAUUCUUAUGAAGCUGGUCCCAUACAAGAUGCUUUACAACUAUCUGAAGAGGAAUUAAAAAAGAUUGUUAAGAUAAAUUUGAUGGUCUCAUGGUUUCUGAUGAAGGCUGUUUGUCGAAAAUGCGAGACCAGAAAUCAGAAGGUUCAAUAA